GAGAGCUCCCCCCGCCCUGCUUCUAGGUCCGGCUCUUCCUCACGCUGGUGUGCGCGAUGGUGGUGGCCGUGCUGUACAUCCUGCUGGGCUACCGCGCCCGCAUGCAGCCCUGCUGCCAGGCCCCGGGGCUGCGGGACAGCCCCGCCACAUCCAGCGUCCGCAGCUUCCAGGGGUACAGCCGCGUUCCCGACGGGAAGCCUUUGGAGCGAGCGCUGUGCCGCCACUGCGCCGUCGUCUCCAGCUCGGGACAGAUGCUGGGCUCCCAGCUGGGACAGGCCAUCGACGGGCAGGAGUGUGUCCUGCGCAUGAACCAUGCCCCCACCACCGGCUAUGAGCAGGACGUGGGGGCACGCAGCACUAUCCGGGUGGUCUCACACACCAGCGUUCCUCUGCUGCUGGGGAACCAGCCCUACUUCUUCCAGCAGUCCCAAGAGACCCUCUACUUUGUCUGGGGGCCAGCAAAGAAGAUGAGCAGGGAGAAGAUGGGCUCAACCUACCAGGCGCUGCUGAAGGUGACAGAGAAGUACCCCCAGCUGCAGAUCUACACCCUGACCGAGGAGAAGAUGGCAUACUGUGACGAUGUCUUCCAGAAUGAGACAGGGAAGAACAGGAUGAAAUCCGGCUCCUUCCUGAGCACGGGCUGGUUCACCAUGAUCCUGGCCAUGGAGCUGUGCGAGCAGAUCUGUGUCUUUGGCAUGGUCAGCGACAGCUACUGCAGGGAGAAGAACCACUCCAGCGUGCCGUACCACUACUUUGAGAAGGGCUGGCUGGACGAGUGCAAGAUGUACCUGAUGCACGAGCGAGCUCGCCGUGCCGGACACCGCUUCAUCACCGAGAAAGCCAUCUUCUCCCGCUGGGCCAAGAGGAGCAACAUUGUCUUCAACCACUCAUCCUGGGCAGGCAGGUAGGGUGCCAGCCACAGGGUGAAGCAGCAGGAAGUUCAGUGGCAGGGCAGCUCUCAUCCUGCAGCAACAUGUCUCAGCUCUGCCGGUGCCAUGGUUGGACACCUUUUGCCAAGCCCUGGAGCAGGGAGUCUCCGUGCCUGCAGCAGCAGUGCCUGUUUCCCCAGCUGGUGGAUGGGCUGGGAACCCCCUGUUGGUACAUGGGGGGCAAUGAGCUGGACCCAUGCAGCCCCACCAGCUCCAAACACCUGCCUGGAUGGACCCAGGGAGACCUGGUUUUCUGCUCACUCCACUAGGAGGAAUAUUUAAUGCUGGAUUAGACAUGCUGCUAGACUCCAUCAGGACAUGGGGCAGAAAUGCUCAGCCCUGCCGGGGCUGCAAACUCUCACAGAGAUGAAGCUCUACUGUGGUCCUUGCUCCACUUGUGCCCUCUGGACAGUGCUGGAUGUGGGGUGCAGGCAGCUGGAUUCAGGCUCUGCCUUCUGCUGCUUGGUGUCUGUAUCCCCUCAGCUGGGAAGCCCUGGAGCCACAUGUGCCCUAGGAGCUCUGAGUUGCCUUGUCACAAGUGUCCUUGGAUUCAGACCAAAGCAAAUGUGGCCAUUAAAAUGGUUUUUAAUUCA